AUGGUGUUCAGUUUCGCGUGUUACGGCGUCCCCGCCAAAGGGAACAGCGUGUGCACCUCGUCGGAUUCCGGGAUAUUCCCGUCGACUCAUCCGGAUUAUUAUUUCCACAACAUCGGCAAGACCGAGAUCACCUGUCAGGUGAUCUACGGUACUUCGUUCAGCUGGAUCGGCGUCAUCGCGGCCAAUUCAUUCGGUCCGGGAGAGAAGGGAAUAGUCCCCACUGGUGGCAGGAUGUAUUACUGGACCGGACAGAAGGUCAUCAAUCAUGGCGACGUACGCGCUUUGGUCCAUUGUGCAAUCGCCGGAGGUUACUAUCGCAGCUGGGACGAUGGUAACAACGUGCCCUUGAAAAUCGACAUCAACAAGGUGGGAAAGAAGUUGGUAGAUUUCGGCGUGGGUAAAAUCCCGUACGUGGGCGGUACCAUAGGCAAUUUGGUGGACUUCUUUUGGCCCGACGACCAACCGACCGUUUGGGACCAAGUCAAGGACCAGGUGAGGAACCUGAUCGAAGCCAAGAUAAUGGACGCCAUACAGGGUAUACUCGGUGGUGAUAUCAGAUCGUUCAAGGAAAAAAUCACGGUGCUGAAACUGAGCAUGGACGAUCCCAACUCGAAGGACACCAACACGCAUUACAUGCACAUAGCCGAGGACCUCAUCGGUUUCGAGAAGAAAUUCAGUUUCACCGCCCAACACAGCUCCAAUUAUCUAAACGUCAACUACUUCCUCUUACCGAUGUACUCCUCCGUGGUCAACAUGAAGGUGCUCUUCUACCAAUUCGGCAUCGUGAACCAGAAAAAGCUGAACCUCAGCGACGACAACAUCUACGAAAUAAAAUCCUACCUGAAGAGAUUAAUUGAAGAGGAAACCGACGGCGCAGUGGCCUACAUCACGAAGAUAUACAGGACCCAAUUCGACCUGGAGUACAACACCUGCCACCCGGACACCAUCUUCAACUCGCUGGCCGUGGUGAGGCAGUACUGCGCCAUCAACGGCUUCGAAUUCAUCGACUUCUGGCGCGCCAUACUCGCCGACCCGCUCACCGCCGAGAAACCCUACAACUCCGUCAUAUCGUACUCCACGCACUACGCCAGACCCACCCCCAUGCUAGCCAUGCAACUGUUGGCCGACGACGUUCCGGUGCCCCUGCAACCGAAGCUGAUCAACGGCAGGCGCAAUCGCAUCACCAAGAUAGUCGUGCAGAUGCUGCGCGGGGACAAGCAGCGGAUCCAAGGGCUGGUGGUGUGGUACGAGAACGGGGAGUCGCACCUGUGCGGGCUGGAGUCGUCGGAGACGACCACCAUCGACUUCCAGGGCGAGUACUUGAAGAGCCUGACGGUGUGGGGUAGGAACGCGUUGGACAUGUUCGAGUUUAGGUUCGUGGGCGGGAGGUACACGUCGUGCGGGAGUAACUACUGGUCGAGCGGGUGGGUGUCGUCGUUCGAGCUGGAGCAUCAUCACAUUGCGGGGAUUUACGUGACUAACGAUGCGCCGCAUUUGGGCGAGCAAUCGGCUAGUCUGGCGGUGUCCUAUCAGUUGACGCCAACUGUUUGA